GCAUUCUAGAAUGGUGGCUUGGCAGUACACAGUACAGACUGUGAGGAAGAUGCCAAAUCGGUAACCAUUGAAUCAAAAUCAGCUACCAAUAGAAGAAAACGGCAGUCUGCAAAUUAUCUCCGUUGCCGGAGUCGUGCCGGGUUUUGAACAAUGAAGCGCAAAUCCUCGACGACGAUGCCAAUUCCGCUCCAAAUCAUACGGCCUGGCCAAGGAAGAGGUGAAGACGCUGAUCGUAGCUGCAGCAACCGGGAAUUGCAGAUUGUGGAUCCUGCAUCUUCCUUCUCCAAUUCGGACUUCAAGCUUCCCAGUGAUUGGGUCGUCGAGGAACGACGCCGCCGUAAGUCCGCUUUUAACCCAGCUCGAGUAGACAAGUAUUACCAUGAGCCUGGAACUGGAAAGAUAUUUCGUUCCUUGACAAGUGUUAAGAAGUAUCUAAUUGAAGAACCUGGAAAUUUCCUAACCGAAGAGCCCAACAAUGGAAAAAAUAUGCAAAUUGUGGUCCACACCACGGAAAGGAUCUCACAUUUCAGAAAUACCUCUUCAUUUGAACUACCGGAUGGUUGGAUUGUCGAAGAAAAGCCACGGAAAAAUAUUCAUUAUAAGGGUGUCAUUGAUAGGUAUUACAUUGAGCCAGGGACUGGAAAUCGAUUUCGAUCCCUUAGAGCUGUUGAGAGACGCUUGAAAGCAUCACAAGAAUGUGCAGCUACUGGACAGGAGACAUUAGAGUCUGGCAAUCAGUUGAUGAGAACCUUCUCCAAAGACAGCCAUUCCCUGGAAAUCAUUCCAGAACAUCCAGUCGAUGCCAAAAGAGCUGAAGCAGCAUCAAAGACCUUGGAACCUGAAAAUCCUUCUACGUCUCUGAAAGAUUCUAGGUCUGGAAAUAAGCAUAAACCUUGCGAGGGAGUUACAGAUCCCUUGCUUGAUUUUUCCAGCACUCCUCCAAAAAUAAAAUGGGUCUUUAAUGGCAGCAGGGGAAAUGUAUGGAGUCCUUCAGCAAGUGGGUCUCUUGUCCAAGAAUCAGUAAAGCAAAAGUGGUCAGAAGCAUUUGCAUCAUACAUUCAGGAAAGGGGGACCUUUUUUUUUUUUCUUUAAGGCAUGACCUGCAUUGGGUAGGAUUGGGCCCUGCCUUCUAUCUUAUGAUGGAGGGUGCAUUUGAUUUUUUAAAAAGAAACUUAAAACUAUUGUUUCUCUGGUUGAAAUAGAAGUUUUCAGUAUAGGGAAAUGUAUGAUGCCUCGGAGGCAUGUAGUCUUACAGUUAAUUAUUUGAUAUUUCAUAAUAAUUCAACAAUAUUGUCUAUUAAUCAUUUAAUUUGUACAUUAAAUAAUUAUUACGCAAAGUUGCUGUAUUAUUAUGAAAUGUUAAAGAUUUCUUAGAGCUAGUGCUCCUGGCUAAUUCAUUAAAUUAUGUAGUUUUGAAGAUUAGUGAGAGUCACAUUGCUUUCUUGGCACAAUAGUAUAACUCUUUCAAUUUUACUCAAAUCCCAUCUCGAGUGGUGAAUUUUGUCACUUUUUU